AUGUCAUCCUUAGUCAAAAAGGCCUAAGACCCUUAUGAAUAAUUAAUGAAAGUGCUCUUGUUGGGCAACUCUGGAGUCGGUAAAACCUAGAUUCUCCUCAGAUACUGCGAUAACAACUUCAAAACAGGAUAUAUGUGUACAAUUGGAGUGGAUUUCAAAAUUAAGAAACUCUAGGUUGAUGAAAAAAAUGUUAAGAUGCAAAUAUGGGAUACUGCUGGACAAGAGAAAUAUCAGACCCUUACUCAGAAUUUCUACAAAGGAGCCAUGGGCAUUCUAUUGGUUUUUGCACUCAACAACAAGGAUUCUCUGAGGGACAUUGACAAGUGGAUGAACUAAAUCAAAUAGCAUGCUAGUGAAAACAUCAUUAAAGUCCUAAUAGGAAACAAGGCAGAUAUCAAGGAGAGAUGCAUUUCAAAUGAGGAGGCGCAAUCAUUGGCUGAAAAGCAUGGCAUCCCUUAUUUUGAAACCAGUGCUAAGGACGGCACCAAUGUCAAUGAAGUAUUUUUGCAAGUCGCCAAAUUAAUCAACCAUCAUCACCAAGAUCAAUAAAAUGGUAAUGCUAAUAAAGUGCUUUCAAUUCAUUAAGACGAAAAAAAAGUGGAUUCCUCUUGUUGCUGA